CUUUGACUGUCUACAUCGUUCCUCCUUCUUUAUAAUUGUUUGGCUGAUUCUCCAGAAUUUCAAUCAUGACCUUCCCACCCACCCCGACCGGCGAGACCAGCUCCCAUGCCGGCAACUGCCACUGCGGCGCGGUGCAGUUCCACUUCGUCCUAUCGCCGCCACUACCCGAGUACCCGACUGCCAGCUGCAACUGCUCCAUCUGCUCGAAGAACGGGUAUCUACUCGUGUACCCGUUCCAGAAGGACUUCUUUAUCGACCAAGGCGCCGAGGUGCUCAAGGAGUAUCGCUUUGGCGACCGCAAGGCGACGCACCAGUUCUGCAGCGAAUGCGGCAGCAGUUGCUUCAUCUGGCCACCUCCGAUGGAAGGUGAACCGAUCACGGCUGUCAAUGUGCGGCUCCUAAAAGACUUUGACCCAGAGAUCCUGAAGAUCAACAAGGUUGAUGGCAAGUCGUUUCCGCCGGAAUAUAGAGCUUAAAUUGGCGGAAUCAUCUACUCCGAUUUAGGGAUGCGCUGGCUGGAGUUGCUUGGGUAUCUUUCUCUCUCUUGCAUUUUUGUAUACUAUCUAUCUCUUUCUGCAUCCAACCGAUCUCCUCUCCUGACGGUCGCUUUAAUUAGGCUGGUCAUCCUGCAUGUGUCUGAGAAAAUAUAAUGCCGC